AUGGCAUUACUGAUUAUACUGAUGACCUGCUUUCUGAUUUUUCUUGCUACUUCCCAGCCUUGCCAGACCCCUGAUGACGUUGUGGCUGCCACUUUUCCAGGACAUAUCAUAAUUGGAGGUUUAUUUGCCAUUCAUGAAACGAUGCUGUCCUCAGAAGACUAUCCCAGACGACCAGAAAUCCAGAAGUGUGUUGGCUUUGAAAUAUCAAUUUUUCUUCAAACUCUUGCUAUGAUACACAGCAUCGAGAUGAUCGAUAUAUCUGAAGUCAAACUGGAGUACAAAAUCCAUGAUACUUGCAUAGAAGUCACAGUGGCAAUGGCAGCUGCUCUGAGGUUUCUUUCUAAGUUCAACUGCUCCAAAGAAAUUGUGGAGUUUAAGUGUGACUAUUCCAGAUACAUGCCAAGAGUUAAGGCUGUGAUAGGGGCUGGCUACUCAGAAAUAAGCAUGGCUGUCUCCAGGAUACUGAAUUUACAGCUCACACCACAGGUGAAUUAUGAAUCAACUGCAGAAAUCCCAAGUGACAAAAUUUGCUUUCCUUCAUUUUUAUGGACUUUGCCUAGUGAAUUCUAUCAGAUUAAAGUAAUGGCCCACCUGAUUCAGAAAUCUGGAUGGAAUUGGAUUGGCAUCAUAACCACAGAUGAUGACUAUGGACAAUUGUCUCUCAACACAUUUGCCAUUCACACCGUGGUAAGUAAUGUGUGCAUAGCCUUCAAAGAAGGCUCCCUCUCAGAUAAUACCAUCGAAGUCAGGAUCAAUCAGACACUUGAGAAAAUCAUAGCAGAAGCCCAUGUUAAAAUCAUUGUAGUAUUUCUGAGGCAAUUCCAUGUUUUCAAUCUCUUCAGCAAAGCCAUUGAAAGGAAUAUAAAUAAGGUCUGUAUUGCUAGCGAUAAUUGGUCAACAGCCACCAAGAUUACCACCAUUCCUGAUGUCAAAAGGAUUGGCAAAGUUAUAGGGUUUACCUUUACAAAAGGGAAUUCGUCCUCUUUCCAGUCCUUUCUUCAAAAUCUGGAUAUGUUUCCCAGUGAUAACAAACCUUUAAAUGACUACGCCAUGCUCUUGUCUGCAUGUGCACAUGUUGAGGACAAUGAGUUGAGUCAAUGCAUUUCCAAUCAUUCUCAGGGGACUUUAGCCUACACGGCUAACAAGGAUAUGGAAAGGAACUUCUCCAUGAGAAAUGACUUCCUGUGGGAUUACAUUGAAACAGGAUUUGUUCACAGUAUUCAGCUUGCAGUGUUUGCCCCUGGCUAUGCCCUUCGGGAUUUGUGCCAAGUUCAAGACUGUCAGAACCCCAACGCCUUUCAACCAUGGGACAUACUAGGAUGUACUGAAAAUGUGACAUUCACUGAUGGAGGGAACUCAUUUCAUUUUGAAGCCCAUGGUGAUAUGAAUACUGGAUAUGAUAUUGUGCCCUGGAAGGAAAUCAGUGGCCACAUGAAUAUCACCAAGAUGGCACAAUAUGACUUCUUCAUCACAGACCAGGAAACAAAAAAUGAGUUCAGGAAUCUUAAGUUAUGGAUCUGCUUUUUAUGCAACAAUGAAAGACACUGGGCCCCUGUAAGGAGCACAGUGUGCUUUGAAAAGGGAGUGGAGUAUCUCAACUGGAAGGAUGCAUGGGCUAUCCUGCUCCUGGCCUUCUCCCUACUGGGGAUCCUGUUUGUUCUGACCAUUGGCAUAAUAUUUACAAGAAACAUGAACACACCCAUUGUGAAAUCAUCUGGGGGAUUAACAUUCUGCUCCAUGACCCUCCUCUGUCAUUUCUUGAACUUUGCCAGCACAGGUUUCUUCAUUGGAGACAAAGACUUCACACAUAAAACCCAGAAGAUGCUAUUUGGCAUCAGCUUCACUCUCUGUAUCUCCUGCAUUUUGACGAAGUCCCUGAAGAUUCUGCUAGCCUUUUGUUUCGAUCCCAAGUUGCAGAACGUCCUGAAGUCCCUCUAUAAACCAAUCCGCAUCAUCUUCACUUGCACAGGUAUCCAGGGUGUCAUGUGCACACUUUGUCUAACCUUUGCAGCCCCUGCUAUGGAAAAGAACGUCUUCUUGCCCAGGGUCAUUUUUCUGCCAUGUAAGGAGGGCUCCAUCCUUGCCUUGCUGGGCUAUAUUGCCAUCCUGGCCUUCAUUUGCUUCAUAUUUGCCUUCAAAGGCAGGAAAUUACCUGAGAAUUACAAUGAAGCCAAAUUCAUAACAUUUGGCAUGCUCAUUUACUUCAUAGCUUGGAUCACAUUCAUCCCCAUCGAUGCUACCACAUUUGGCAAAUAUUUGUCAGCUGUGGAGAUUAUCGUUAUUUUAACAUGUAACUAUGGGAUCCUAUGUUGCACAUUCUUCCCCAAAUGUGUCAUUCGUUGCAAGCAAGAGACUAACACAAAAUCUGCCUUUCUCAAGACGAUUUACAGUUGCUCUUCUUGCAGUGCAGACAGGCUUCCCACAAAUCACGUUUCACUGGACUCCACUAACAGCAAUAUCACAAUGGCCAAUCCCAGCUCUGGUGGCAAGUCUGCAGCCUGGCAGAAAAGCAAAGAUCUCCAACCAUUUUCACACAUAUGCAAAGAAAAUGCUACAAAUCUGUCUAAAACCUGGCCUCGAAAAAGAAUUUCAAGUAUAUGA